CAACAAUGCACGUUGGCUCUCCUAAAUUGGAACCUAACAUUGUCUUCAACUCCAGAGAGAAGUCAUGUGUUGAUCUUGGUAUAUUUUCAAGAUGGCCAACAUUUAUACUCUGAGAGAGCUCUUCUGUACCCAGUGGUCAUCUAGCGUACGACUUGAUGGUAAAACAGUCAUUAUCACAGGAGCAAAUACUGGUAUUGGCAAAGAAACCACAAGAGACCUCGCAAAGCGUGGUGCCAGGAUAAUCAUGGCCUGCAGAGAUAUAAACAAAGCAGAGUCUGCACAAAAAGAGAUAAUUGAAGAGUCUGGAAAUCAAAACAUAGUUAUCAGAAAACUGGAUUUAUCCGACACAAAGUCUAUCAGAGAAUUUGCUGUAGUUAUAAACAGCGAGGAGAGAACGCUUCACAUUCUCAUUAACAAUGCUGGAGUCAUGAUGUGUCCCUACUCUAAAACAGCAGAUGGCUUUGAGAUGCAGUUUGGUGUCAACCACUUAGGUCACUUUCUCCUAACCCACCUGCUGAUUGAUCUGCUGAAGAGAUCUGCUCCCUCCAGAAUUAUUAACCUGUCCUCAAUGGCACAUAGCUGGGGAACAAUAAGACUUGAUGAUAUCAAUAGUGAGAGAUAUUAUCACAGCAGAAGGGCAUACGGUCAGAGUAAACUUGCCAGCAUUCUCUUCACUCGCUCUUUGGCUAAAAAACUCAAGGACACUGGUGUGACAGUGUAUGCCGUUCACCCAGGAAUCGUGCGAACGGAACUUAAAAGGCACAUGAAUCUUGGACUUCUUAUCAUGUGGAAAAUUGUCAGACCUUUCACAAAGACCCCAGUGCAGGGAGCACAAACCACUAUCUACUGUGCAGUUGAACCAGAAUUAGACGGAGAAAGCGGUGGUUAUUAUAGUAACUGUGGAUCUUCAAGAUGCACCAGAGCUGCUAGAGAUGAUGAAAUGGCGGAGAAACUUUGGGAGCUAAGCUGCAGGAUGCUGGGAAUACUCUGGGAUUGAAUGUAAUGCUGUUUUAUCUUUUCAUAUACAAUUUAUGUAAAUAUACUCUUUUUAUUUCUAUACUUAAAAUGAUUUGGUUUUGUGAGACUGAAGCCUGGAGCCGUAUGUUUGAUACAUUUGUUUGACUCUCUGACAGUUACAGUAUAGCAAUGAGGUUUUUAAUCAACAGAGCUCACAACAUCAAUAAAUUUGAUUUCA